AUGGUUGCGAAUUGUCCUUCAUCUUUCCAUCCGACUCAGAUCCGCAUCGCAAUAUCCACGGCAUCGUCUCUGUCUCUGCGUGGACAAGUGACAGAUCCAGCUCGACAGCUUCUAGGCGCCUUCAGCCCUGUGUUCCCUUCGCCCAUGGCAACGCCUUCUAGCAACGAUCCUGGCCCCGCGGGCACAGACACGGCGGUGGUCACGAUGUCCGCGCCCGCGAAGCGCUCGUUCUACGACCUUCCGAUAGAAGUUCGGUUGGAAAUAUACGAGCUACUUUACUGUUACUCCAAGCCCAUCCACCUUACUCUCGACCACGACGGCAAGAUCAAACACCAGCGCGCAGAAUCUGCCACGAGUUGCUGCACUCCUGACCUUGCCAUCCCGGUCCACGCUUUUACGGUAGCAAAGACACUCUGUCAUGAGGCUUCCCCUGUCCUCUACCAACGUAACAACUUCAGCAUGGACUGGAAGAAUCUCAAAAUGUUCUCCCAGAAAUGGGACCAGGGACUCAGCAACUAUCUGGGAGCAAUCGAGAUUUUCUGUGACGAUGGGCCAGCUUGGGGUUUUGUCCCUGUCACCAGAUUGUUGGUUGACAAGAUGCCGGGUCUACAAGAGAUCAAUUUCAAGAUUUCAGGCUCACUCAGACUUGCUGCUGCCGCCCUAGAGACCUCCAGUGCCAUAACCCCUUGCGCCUCUAUGUUCGGUGGACCAGAACUGGAUCUCGUUCUUCAGCCUCUGAAGUCUGAAGACUGCAAUGGUGGCAAAGGUGGCUCCGAUCUUGUUGCCAUUCGCAAUGGCAUCCAACAGGACAAUGCAAAACUGGCAGAAAUCUGGCCCGAGGGUCUUGCUCCAAACAAUAUCACUCGAUCCUGCGCUCCAAUCUUGUCCCAUAUCAGAUUGAGUGGCAAAAUCUCUCGCACUACCCUUGACAAAAUUCUUGGACACAGAUGUCUGCCAGGUGAUUGUUUUUGGGAGGAAGUUGCUCAAGAAGUCAAGGAAGGUGACGCCGCCAAGGUGAUUGGGGAGAACAAGGACGCCACCAAGAUGGCAGAGAAGAAUGGCAGCUCCGACAAGUUGACCGAGGAUUUGGUGCACUACAAAUGGAAAGCCAUGGUUCCUGGAGAGAGGACCGACGUACCGAAGAUCGACAUGCGCCAGUGGUACCCGCCACUUACGGAAAAGGAACAGCAAAAAGUGAGGGAUUUUGUCAAGGUCUUCGAGCAACGUGACAGUUGCUAUAAGAGUGACAGCGCAUCCGAGGUAGAAAGCCUUCCUAAGGACGCCACAGCUUCUGCGGAACCUGGCUCGACUGAUCAUGGCGGGACAAGUCAAGAUGCUUUAUCUAGAGAUGCCGAGAACCAAGAAGUCGUGUACGCGGAGGGAGCAGAGUCUGCUGCGAGUACUGCGUCUGCCAAUCCUGACGAUCUCCUGGGGAGCAUGCAGCAGUUGGCUUUUGCUAACUGCUUCGAAAACCUCAACUCCGAGUUUCUGCACAAAGACCUAGCAGAGGUCAGAGCUGCCCUACUGGAAUAUUUUGGCGAUUUUGCAUUCGAACUCUUCCCAGAUGAGUUUGCGGAUGAGAACUAG